AUGAGCGCAGCUGAAAGUGGACCAGUCCCAGCACAGCACCUAAACGAAACACUUCCCAAGACCGUUUCACCAGAACUCUUGACAAAUACACCAACAGAUCGCAUACCGACACUGAAUGGCGAACAAACUAUUGAACCGGAGUUAGCAAACAUGGACGCCAACAAGCAAACAGAUACACAUACGCAAGUACCGUCCGAUUUCGAUCCAUUUGGAGGACUAUCGUUCAAAGUAGGAGUGGCGGAAACAAAAAACUCAACUUAUAGGAGCAAGAUGGAAGAUGUACACACAUAUAUAGCAAAUUAUGCAGAAAGAGUGGACUGGGGUUAUUUUGCUGUCUUUGAUGGACACGCGGGAAAGGAAUCAGCACGGUGGUGCGGCAACAAUUUGCAUCUUUUACUAGAGCAAGAAAUCGAUUUGGAACUACAAAAUCAGUCAAAGCACGCAAGCAUAGAUGAGUCACAACAACGAGCACAAGUACAGGAACAAGAACAAGUACAAGAACAAGAGCAAUCACUUCACAAAAGUUCAGGAACUUCAGAUGGAUCACGGGAUUCGACAAGUACUACUAACACGUUGGUGUCUCAGACCUCAGCUACUGGUUUACCUGCAUCAACUGCGCCAAGAUUACCCAUUAACGGAAAACAUGACAUGAGAGAGCAUUUAUACAGAGCGUUUGUCAAGGCUGAUGAAAUGAUUGAGAAAAAUGGUCAAGGCUCCUCGGGAUGCACUGCAGCCGUUGCAGUAUUAAGAUGGGAAAGUGAAACUGAAGAAGAUUGCAUGAUUGACCAAACAUCUCUAAGACCCGACCUUCAAAAUCUGGGACUGGGCAAUACAAAGAAAUUUGACUUUGUUCCGCUGCCAAAUCACAAGAGAAUGUUGUAUACUUCGAACGUUGGUGAUUCAAGAAUUGUUUUGUGUCGUGAAGGUAAUCCCUACCGAUUAACUUAUGACCACAAGGCGUCGGAUGAGAAUGAGAUCAACAGAAUAGAAAACUCUGGAGGACUUAUAUUGAAGAAUAGAGUUAAUGGUGUGCUAGCUGUAUCUCGGUCACUAGGCGAUACAUACAUGAAGGACUUGGUUUUGGGAAAACCAUUCACUACUUCUACAGAGAUUGUCCCUGAAGACGAGUUUAUGAUUAUCGCAUGUGAUGGUGUAUGGGACGUUUUGUCUGACUCAAAAGCUUGCCGGUUCGUUUCUGAGUGUUUUAAGAAAGGAAAUGGCGUUCAAGAGACUGCAAAGAAAUUAUGUCAAUUGGCCAUUGAUAACUCCACCACGGAUAACGUUACUGUGAUGAUUAUCAAGCUCGACAACGGCGUGUUUACACAACAAAAGUAA